UUGCAUGUGUUCAUCUUCUUAUAUUAUUGUCAAUACUAGUAAAAUGGCAUAUUUUUGAGUGGCGAAGAUAUUUUACUACUUUUGGGGGGCGGUCGGUUAAAUUAAAAGGUUUUUCAGUUAACAUUUAAACCCUGGUCUGGUAUGUAUACUAGAAUCUUUUAUGGUAUUAAAGUUUGUGACACUUUUUUAAAGAUGAGAAUCUGUGUGAAAUGCAUGUAUAUGUCCAUAGGAUUUAGUUAUUUUAAAUGUUAGUGCACAUGUGAGGACUUAAGGAUGGAAGUAUAUUGAAUGUAUGAGUGAUUUUUUUACAAAUCCAUUUGCUUUAUUUUCAUUUACCAAGCCAGAUUAGACCAAGAUGAUCUGUGGAUAUUAUAAUACUGUUUCUCCAAAGUUGGAUUCAAGUGGGACAAAUACAAUAUCAUGGUAGCAAUGCAUCUGAAAAAAACCCAGAAAGUCCCUUGUUUACCUCCUGCCCUUUACAUGGGUUCUUUUAUUUUAAAGAUCUAUAUAAUGUUUCCUUCCGAGAGUUCCCAGCACUUAAAAGGACUUUUUAUUUCCACUUCCCAAAUCAGUUGAAAUUAAUGCAGUAUUUCCUGAAGUUCCUCUCUAAUAUUUGUCUGUCAGUGUUAUCCCAGAGCAAGCUAAGAUGGCAGCUGCCAAGGAAAAGGGUGACUUCCCAUAAAAGAAGAUUCAACAGAGACCAAAAGAAAAACAGAAAUGCCAACAAUAAAUAUAACAUUCUUUGACCACCAUGAGUUGGAGUUUCUUGACACGUCUGUUAGAAGAAAUCCACAACCAUUCCACAUUUGUUGGGAAGAUCUGGCUGACAGUGUUGAUCGUAUUCCGCAUUGUCCUCACCGCCGUUGGAGGGGAAUCCAUCUAUUAUGAUGAGCAGAGCAAGUUCGUGUGCAACACAGAACAGCCGGGUUGUGAGAAUGUUUGCUACGAUGCUUUUGCCCCCCUCUCCCAUGUGCGCUUUUGGGUUUUUCAAAUCAUCCUGGUGUCCACUCCCUCGGUGAUGUACCUGGGCUAUGCCAUUCACAAAAUUGCCCGGAUGGUGGAACACGGGGACACAGAGCGCAAAUUCCGAAGCAAACCUUUCCCAAUGCGCUGGAAACAGCACCGGGGCUUGGAAGAGGCGGAGGAUGAUCAUGAGGAAGAUCCAAUGAUGUACCCAGAGAUUGAGGUAGAAAGUGAACGAGAGAACAAGGAGAAUCCGCCCCCAACCAAAAUGAAGCAUGAUGGCAGGAAGCGGAUUCGAGAGGAUGGGCUAAUGAAGAUUUACAUACUACAGCUCCUGAGCAGAACUAUGUUUGAAAUUGGUUUUCUUGUUGGCCAGUAUUUCCUUUAUGGGUUUGAGGUCAGUUCCAAAUUUAUUUGUACCCGGCAUCCCUGUCCGCACAAAAUAGACUGCUUUAUUUCCAGGCCCACCGAAAAAACCAUCUUCCUGCUCAUCAUGUACGGUGUGAGUUGUUUGUGUUUACUUCUGAACAUCUGGGAAAUGCUUCACUUGGGAUUUGGCACCAUCCGGGAUACGCUGAACAAUAAGAGGAAAGAGCUGGAGGAGUCGGGGACCUAUAAUUACCCAUUUACUUGGAAUACCCCAUCCGCUCCUCCAGGCUACAACAUUGCAGUGAAGCCCGACCAGAUACAGUACACAGAACUGACUAAUGCCAAAAUAGCCUACAAGCAGAAUAAAGCCAACAUAGCACAAGAACAGCAAUAUGGGAGCAACGAAGAGAACAUUCCCACUGAGUUGGAGAACCUCCAGCGAGAAAUCAAAGUAGCUCAGGAACGUUUAGAUCUUGCCAUUCAGGCAUACAAUAAUCAGAACAAUCCUAUGUGCUCUAAGGAGAAGAAGCCCAAAGGCAGCUCAAACAAAAGCAGUGGCAGCAGCAAAUCAGGAGAUGGAAAAACCUCUGUCUGGAUUUGACGCUGUUUCCUGGGGAUUUAAUGACUUGAUCCUUUCCUCCUGCAGUGUGUGAUCACUAAGAUACUUGUUGCAUACAAACUUCCAUAGAAUAAAUAUUCAGGUUUGUUUUAGUUCAGGGAGAUUAGUGCUGCCAAAUGACUCUCUCUAAAAAGAGAGGGAAAGGAAAACAUUUAUGCUCAGAUUCUGAUGUUUCCAGAACAUGUAUCCUUGUUUCUUCCAAGUCAGGGGAAGACCCAGGUUUAUUUUUUAGUGAAAAAAAAUCAUUCUUGUUGAACGGUUUACACUGUAUGUACAGUAUUAUGGUACAUUUUAUUAUGCACAAUUUUUUGUAUUUGUAUAUUGGAUAUCUCAGUUAUACUUUUUAUAUUAAAAAAACCAAAAUAGGAAA